UCUCGCCGUUUCUAGAGCUUUUUUGAGGUGGCCAAGUUAUAAAACCUGCAAGUAGUAAUGUCCACAAUACAGUUUGGAAGAUUUUGAAGGUAUUUAUCUCUUUAAUAGGGAUUGUUUGGAGAAACAUCAGAGAUGUCAGACACUGGAAAUGAUGAACAGAUGGAUGUAGGAUCGGUGGUUGAAGCUGUUUCCGCUGAUCAUUCCUUUGGUGCUCCUCUCUACGUAGUCGAGAGCAUGUGCAUGCGCUGCGGAAAAAAUGGAACAACUAGAUUUCUGUUGACUUUAAUUCCUCACUUCAGAAAGGUCUUAUUAUCUGCAUUUGAAUGUCCUCAUUGCGGAGAAAGGAACAAUGAAGUUCAGUUUGCUGGUGAGAUUCAACCCCGAGGAUGCUCUUACCGUCUAGAGGUUUCAGCUGGGGAUGACAAGAUAUUUGACCGGCAAGUUGUGAAAUCUGAAUCAGCCACUAUUAAGAUUCCUGAACUGGAUUUUGAGAUACCACCAGAGGCCCAACGUGGAAGUUUGUCAACGGUAGAAGGGAUAUUAGCGAGGGCUGCUGAUGAACUGAGUGCCCUUCAAGAAGAACGCAGGAAAGUAGACCCUAAAACUGCUGAAGCAAUAGACCAAUUCUUAUCUAAACUGAGAGCUUGUGCUAAAGCAGAGUCAUCCUUCACCUUCAUUUUGGAUGAUCCUGCUGGAAACAGUUUCAUUGAGAACCCGCAUGCCCCAUCGCCAGAUCCUUAUUUACACAUCAAAUUCUAUGAGCGAACACCCGAGCAACAAGCAGCUCUUGGAUAUCUUUCUAACUCAUCUCAGACUGGACAGCCAGAGAGAGACCACCCUCCUUCUGCUGCUGCUAUACCCCAUGGAGCAAUCGGAGCAGCAGCUGGUCAUCGGGCGAUUGCUCAAAGUAACAGCACUGAUAUUUCUGAUAAUUUGUUCAGAUACACUGCACCUGAAGAGGUGAUGACUUUCCCUUCAACUUGCGGAGCAUGUAUGAAGCUGUGCGAGACACGCAUGUUUGUGACUAAAAUCCCGUAUUUCCAGGAGGUUAUUGUCAUGGCAUCUACAUGUGAUGAUUGUGGCUAUCGCAACUCUGAGUUGAAGCCUGGUGGUGCAAUUCCUAAAAAGGGAAAGAAAAUUAUCCUCUCUGUGAGGAACAUCGCUGACCUUAGCAGAGACGUUAUCAAGUCUGACACUGCAGGAGUGAAAAUCCCAGAACUUGAUUUGGAGCUAGCUGGUGGUACACUUGGUGGAAUGGUGACAACAGUCGAAGGGCUAGUCACACAAAUCAAAGAAAGCUUAGCGAGGGUUCACGGGUUCUCAUUUGGUGACAGUUUGGACGAGAGUAAGAAGAACAAGUGGAGGGAGUUUGGAUCCAGACUAACCAAGCUCCUAAGCUUAGAAGAGCCAUGGACUUUGAUUCUUGAUGAUGAGUUAGCGAACUCCUUUAUUUCACCUGUAACAGAUGAUAUCAAAGAUGAUCACCAGCUCACAUAUGAGGAGUACGAAAGGUCAUGGGAACAAAACGAGGAGUUGGGUCUCAACGACAUAGAUACUUCUUCAGCUGAUGCUGCUUACGAGUCCACGGAGACAACUAAAUUAACUUAAACAUGAAAUGCUGUUGUCACUUUGAUAUUUGUUAGUCGGUGAUAAUCUGAAGAUAUCUUUUUAUGGUUUAUGCACACAAGUUACAGAGUAAACCAAGUCGUGUUAUGUAAUGUUUGAGCUUGUUUUUCUUCUUGUGAAUCGUGUCCGGAUCCUUGAAUACGACCUCGUUCCUUUUGCGUUGUAUUACAGUUUUGUAUGGAAACUUGGCUACAUAUGCUUCAUAGCCUUCCAUUUCUUUAUCUUCCUAUACACUAU